UAUAUAUAUAUUAGAAAGCAAAGCAUCACCACUAUAAGAUUCCUUCUCCCCCAACGUCUUGUCUUCCAUAUUAGCUGUUCUUUAGUUUGCAUUUCUUAUACUAUAUUUUCACAGGCUUCUCUCUGUACUUGGUUGUGAGGAAAAAUGGCAGCUUCAUUUAUCUCUGCUGUUGCAAGAAGGUUAGAGGGAAAGGUAGCCCUAAUCACAGGCGGCGCUAGCGGCAUCGGUGAAUGCACCGCCAAAGUCUUUGCUCACCAUGGAGCCAAAAUAGUGAUUGCUGAUGUUCAAGAUGAAUUGGGCCAAGCAGUUAGUCAAGCCCUAGGCCCAUCAAACUCUACCUAUGUCCAUUGCAAUGUCACAAAUGAGGCCCACAUAAAAAAUGCAGUUGACAAAGCAGUUGCUACCUAUGGCAAGCUAGACAUAAUGUUCAACAAUGCAGGAAUUGUUGAUCCCAAUAAACCCCGCAUAAUCGACAACGAAAAGGAAGACUUUGAACGCGUUCUUAGCGUUAACGUAACCGGAGUUUUCCUCGGGAUUAAACACGCUGCCCGUGUUAUGAUUCCCGCGCGUAAAGGAAGCAUUAUUUGUACAGCUAGUAUAAGUUCACUUGUCGGUGCUGCAGCCUCUCAUGCAUACACUUGCUCAAAACAUGCUGUUUUAGGACUUACGAGAAAUGCAGCAAUUGAAUUAGGCCAAUUUGGUGUUAGGGUGAAUUGCUUGUCGCCAUAUGCUCUUGCUACGCCUUUAGCGACGAAAUUUGUAGGGCUUGAUGAUGAAGGACUAGAGAAUUUGAUGGAUUCACUUGCUAGUUUAAAAGGUGUGACACUAAAGGCUGAAGAUGUUGCUAAUGCUGCACUUUAUCUAGCUAGUGAUGAGGGUAGAUAUAUUAAUGGUCAUAAUCUAGCAAUAGAUGGAGGAUUUAGUAUUCAUAAUCCAUCAUUUCAAUUGUUUCAGUACCCACCUGACCACCAGUGACUGAGGAAGAAAGCGAGGAAUUAAAGUUAGGGGUCUAAAAAGAAUUUCAAGAGUUAAAGGGGUUAAAAUUGAAAAUUUUAUUAUUUUAAAGGGUAAAAGUAAAAAAAUAUUUAAAAUUUUAUGAGAUAAUUCUUAAAAAAAAUUUUAAUUAGGAGGGGGCGGGCGGCGGGGCCAGCCCCCUAGCUUCUUCAGUGCACCAUGUGCUUAAUUAAUAGUAUUUGUAUGACAUGACUGUUUGAACUGUUCUAUUUCUCUGUUUUCUUUUUAAAUAAUAUGUUGAAAAUACUAAUAAGAUAUUAAUAGAACUCUUUUAUGGUGAUUUUGAUGUAUUUGUAAUUUGUGGUUUUCAACUCUUAAUAAAAAUAUAUUCU